AUGCGCACAACUCAACUUCUCUCCAUCUCAGUCCCCGUCCCGGGCACUCUUCCCCCUGGCGCUGUGUUAGCUGCCUUGCAGGCCGUUGAUCCAUUCGUCGCUCAUCACCGAACCGUGACAAAGUUGGAAGAAGUCCCAGCAAAUCCGGCAGACACUGCGGAAGACCCCUUCUUCGGGCCCUUUGACGACACCUUUCGCGCCUUUGAGAUGCAGGAGCUUGUCAACCUUGCUCCUGGUCUGGCUAAAACGAUUACAUAUAGAGCCAUUUUCCAAGUCAUUCCUGAUGGCCUGCGUUCAAGGGCCAAAGCCCCUGUAGGCGUCAUUGUCCGAGCUCAAUGGCAGGUACGCCAGCAGCAGCGCGACCGAUCAGCUACUGGACCAAUAUCACCGGCAGGCUCGGACAGCACGGCGUCGGGCAGUACGACGACGGUAGAAGGAGACGAGUUUGAACUUCAUGAACAAGUUCUUCUUGAGGCCAAUUCGUUACUGAUGCCCUUCAUCACAGAAUCAUGUGUGUCAGUCCAUCGUGAGAUUUGCGAGAAUUUCAUGGCCGCAACGUUCAAAGAAUACUUUGGAACAUUUCCAAUGCAUUGA